AUGCAUAACUUCAUCAAAUCUGUUGCAAAUGCUUUUCAUCAAACAGUGCAGAAAGUGAUGCCUUCUGCUAAAAUUGCAGGCUUUCAUGUAGUCUCAAGUGAUCUUGAAAAGGUCACUAUCAUGGCCCACUUGAUAAUAACAAACCCUGGUCCACUGCCGCUUGCCUUCACAAAUGCUAGUUACUCAAUAAUGAUCAACGGAAAGGAGAUUUUCUCAGGUUCGAUUCCGGGUGGGAUCACUGUUGGGGCUCAUUAUGCAUCCACAGUAAACAUUCCCGUCAAAAUCAUUUAUCGCGAUAUUAUGGCUUGUCUCAAACCGGGAAACGUAAAUUCUUACAGGGUCAAUGCCUGUGUCAGUCUUGUUUUGCCUGUUAUUGGGAGUCAUAGAUUGCCAGUAGAGAUAACUGGAGACUUCAGUUUGCCGAAUAUACCUGAAGUAAAGAUCAAAGAUAUUCAGAUUGGAAAUGCAUCGAACGAGGAAAUUAGUGCAAGUGUUCAAUUGAACGUAGCGAAUAAAGAUGAAAUUGAAUUGGAACUGAAUAACUUGGAGGUGGAUGUUAAGCUUUCCAAUGUAAGAAUCGCAAGCGUCAAGGUGAGCAAAGUGUUACUUAGGAAGAAAAGUUCUAUUUGCAUGGUGAUUCCUGUCUCAUUAAGGCCAAAGGAUAUGACCAAUGCUCUCUUGGAUUGGAUCCAAGGGAAAAACUUUUGCUCUUCCGUGAUGGGAAAUGUCGAUGUCAACACUCCAUGGGGACCACUGAAACUGAGGUUUUAG